AUGUCUCAGGUUGGAACAGAUCCAUCGUCCCGAGCCCUGGUGUCGCGUCCCCGUAGAAUCAGGUUGCGAGCGUCUUUAGAUAGGUUACCCCGCGAUCUUAUAAGCCUCAUCUUUCGUUGCCUAAACAAGCAGUCACCCAGCUACUUCAAUCACGCGUUGGUCUGUAAACGCUGGAAUCGCCUCGCUUACCUUGCACAGACGUCCAUCGCCAACAGUCCGCCUCGCCUUACUGCAGAUGCUGCACUUUUGGCCUCUCUUUCCCGGUUCAGACACCUAACUUCUCUUAAAAUCGACGAGUGCGUUCUCGACGAGGACAAUGGCGUGUUUCUCUACGAACUAGGAUCGUGGUGUCCCAGGUUAACUCAUCUUGAUCUGGGCAACGGUUAUCGAGAAGCCUUGACGUAUGAAGCUGCAGAUAGCCUCUUCACGGGCUGCACUUCUUUGCAGUACCUCUUGCUUACCAUGAAGACAGCAGAUUUUUGUGGAUUGCCUUCAUCCUUCUUCAACCUUUCAUCCCUGACGGAGGUCAAUCUCAACGUCGACUUCGAUGAAAUUCCUGACAAAUUCGACCAGCUAAGAUUUCUGACUAAGCUGACACUCAACGAUGUGUGUAGCGACCACCUCCCAGAAUCACUUGGCUAUCUCACCAGCCUUACCGAGCUGCAGUUGUCAACAUCCGAAACGUUUGAUCGAUUGCCUGACUCCAUCGGUUGCCUGAAGUCGUUGGUCAAACUCAGCAUUCAUAAUCUCGACGUGUUGGGAACUCUUCCUGCUACCAUCAGCCAGCUUCAGAACCUCCAAGAGUUUUACGCAAAUGACAUCAACUGUUUGAAAUUACCGGAUUCCUUUUUCCAACUUCGUUCGCUUCAAGUUCUCGAUCUCUUGUAUUGUGGAGAUAUCGGAUCCCUUCCAAGCGCGGUAUCAAGCCUCGUUUCUCUUAAGACUCUAAGCAUCAGAAGUUGCACGCUUUCUUCGAUUUCUGAAUCUCUCUGCACUCUUUCUAACCUCCGUGUGUUGGUCCUUAGGAAUUGCACAAUGCUCAGGGACCUUCCACGGAGUAUGGAUCGAAUGACAUCUCUGGAGCAUCUGGAGCUGUGCCAACUCAGCAGCCUUACUCACCUUCCGAGUACCAUCUCCAAGCUUUCCAAUCUCCGCUCGUUCUCCUUCAGAUACUGCGACAACAUUGACAUGGUCCCGCCAUCCCUGACGCAGCACUGGAGCAGUCUCACGUCUCUUGAGUUUAGCUGGCCAGACAGCUGCCUAGAAGACUCCAAGGGUGAAGACGAGUUCAUGUCGUCCGUUCGCCAGCUCUCAAAUUUGUCAACGCUCCUCCUGGUCGGCUUUGUCGGCCUAAAUUCACUUCCGGUAGGGAUUGAGAAACUUUCCCAGCUGCGGCGACUGACGUUAAGCUCCUGGCCUGACCUUGAGCGGUUGCCAAAGGACAUGAGCGGUUUCACCUGCCUGACGAACCUCGUGAUCACUGGAUGCCCACUCUUUGUGGAUGACGACGAGGGUGAUCCAAUCUCCACGAUUCCAAACCUGGAGAGCGGGUGUGUUGAUGGUCGAGUGCUGGGAAAAAGGCCAUUUGGGGGAAAGGGGUGA